AGGUCUUAGAAAGUUUCCUGUUGACUUGCAUGCCAGCUGGUGAAGCAUUCACUCUGCAGCUCACGGAGAUGGCUUUGCAGAUAUUACUCUUCAUGGUCUGUCUCAAAGGGACUGGUGCUGCUCUAAAGGUGUUUAUGCCCAUCUCUCCAGUCACAGCGCAUGCUGGUUCUAAUGUGCUGCUGGAAUGUUACUUCAGCGAUACCACUCAGACUGUGGACCUCAGUAAACUGGUGCUGACGUGGAGAUUCCAGAACAGAGAGGUGGCAAAAUAUGAUGAAGAUACUGAUGAAAUUGUAACCAACAUUCCAAGAGCAGAGCUUUUUGUGAAUGAAUUACAAAAUGGGAACGCUUCACUUCUUCUCAAGAAUAUUACAUCAAAAGAUGCAGGCAUAUAUACAUGUUCUGUGAAUUACUACCCGGAAAUAGAGAUUAAAGAAUUGACAUUAAAUGUCUCUGAUCCUCCACCGACCGCAUACAUUCCAACAGAUUUUGUUGAUCCUGACUAUGAUGAUGGAAGUAAUUCUAGCUCAAACACUGUGGCGGGAGUCCUCUUACUGCAAACUAUAUUUGUGGUGAUGUAUCUUCUUUAAGAGAAAAUCCAUGACUGCUCCUGACAACCAACUCUGUCCUGCACGUGUGUGGAAUUCACGUUUAUGCUAUGACGAUGCUAUUCCAAGAUCCAAAGUGGUUGCCUUACAUCAUUGCAGCUGAUUCUUCCCAAAGUAUAAACAUCGGUCUAGGAACAGACAGAAAUAAGUCACAGCUUCCUCUGAAUCCAUUCACAAUCUUGAGGAGUCUGGGAACAGUUUCUUUGACAGCUUUAUACUGAUUAUGUUGGAAAACUGCAUUAAAAUGAGAAUGUUUGUCAGACUGCAUUGACACUAUGCAAAGAUGCUACUAAACUCAGAAAAUAUGGCUUCUAUGACCUGAGACUGUUGAAAACAAAAUUCUGGAAUGAUUUCUACAGGCCCUUAUAGAACCAGUUCCUUCUGUACCUGAAACUUGAAGAACACGAUCCUUACAGAAUGUAUUAACUAAAGUCUACUGCCAAAAACAGUGCAAGGUCAAUAUAAUGUAAGCCAAAAAUAAAUAAAAGUAAAUCUUCUUGCUAUUUUAUAAGGGCUUAUAUUAGAUAAACGAACGUUUAUCUUAGUGAACGUUCUAAUAAUUGAAAAUCCCGCAUCUUGAUAUGCUUUUUGUGAGAUCGCAGUACAUUGAAGAUCGGAAUAUCUGCCCUUUCCUCACUGUAGUGUGAUCUGACAGUUGGUAUAUAUGCUUAGCAAGGGGUGUGGGGGGGCACAGCCGCCACAAUAGCAAGUUCGAGGUCCAGGAUUUUCGAUUAUUAGAGUGUUUGCUAAGAUAAACUUUCAUUUAUCUAAUAUGAACCCAUUUUAUAAGGCCUGUAAUGGUCAUUAAUAAUCUGACUGCAAGUAGAAAGAUAUUUUUUUUCUGGGGAAUGGGCAUAUUUCUAAUGACGCAUUCAUAAAGGUAUAUUAAUCAAUGUCAGUGAACUUUCUAAUCUCACUAAUCAUUUUCUCUAGCUUCUUGUUUACAUGAUAAACUUUUAACCAUGACUCCUAGGUUUAUUGUGAGACCCCCGCACUGUAAAAUCUGGGUUCUGACUAAUGUAUAGACUGUAAUCUGUACUGCCAAAUUACUUUCCAUCAGCAAAUUAUAACAAAACACAAAGCUUCUCUAUAAUUCUAAUACUAAAUAUUCUUAAAUCAUUGUUUUUCUUUUGAUUUCAUUUUCUUAAGAAUGUUAAAUAAAAUACAGCUACUUAAAUAAAUCUACAUUUUCUUGCUGAUUUUGCAUGCAUUGUCUCUUCAUUUGGCAUAAUAAAACUCUUUUAAUUUAAACAUGGUAAGUCUGUUUUUUUAAAUACGAAGACUCUUAAAUUUCCUUUGCUAUGAUGACAAGCUGCUCAUGAAAAUACAAACCUGGGUCUGACUCUAAGCAAAAGCCAGUGAAUCCAAAAUCUUGGAGUUACAGUAAAAAUGUACAUAACCGAAUGUUUUUUUAUCAAUACUUUAUACAUAAUGGUGACUGUACACACAGCAGUGAUAAUUUAAGACAGGGUCAACAGUGAAUUCUAGUUACAGCCAAAUGCCACUGGGUCCAGUUUGGGGACAUUGGAUUACUAUGGAGAAGAUGAAGAAAACAAGUAUAUAUCUCCAUCCACAUCCCACAAAAGCUUACACACUACUAGAAAUUAGGGUCUCUAGUGUAGCCACAACCCUCAAACUAAGAAUCCCCAACAACCAUCAAAUAGCUGUCCUAUACCUGAAGACAAACAAAGACUGAGACAAAUGACCACAGGUUGCAAGACAAAUCCAAGGAACAAAAUAUAAUCCACAGAGGCAAGUUUUAAUUCAUAAAAACAACUAGUGUAAGCACUUUCAUCUUAAGCAAUACAUGGACAUUACAUUAGCAAAUAAAAAAUGAGAAACUAGUUUGAAGAAAUGCAUGCUUAUUACAUUGCCCGGGGCAAAGCCUUUUUUAGAUUUGUUAAUCUUACAAUAUUUUAUGUGAUGUAUAUUAAAUCAAAUGGAUUUUUCAAUGAACCAACUGCAGCAGUAGUUUAUUUUUCAUCUAAAGUAUAUAACUAAUUUGUAAUUCACUAUUACUGAAAACAUGGAAUAAAACAUGAACAAGAAGUGACUGAAGGCCAUCAGCCCUAGCACGAUUGCCAUGUCAGAAUCAAGGAUGCAGAUGCAUCCUGUUUUAUUUUGUACCAAGGUACAGGAACAGAAAGCAGGAUUUUUGUUCUCUCUUCCCAAGAUUCUUGUUGUGUUUUAAUUUGCCUUUGGUACAUCUUGUUUAAUGAAUAGAAGAAGCUUAUGUGUACUAAUGGUUUGUUAUGAUUAAGCUGCUCUCACUUCCUCUCUAGACUGCUCCUGACAACCAACUCUGUCCUGCACGUGUGUGGAAUUCACGUUUAUGCUAUGACGAUGCUAUUCCAAGAUCCAAAGUGGUUGCCUUACAUCAUUGCAGCUGAUUCCUCCCAAAGUAUAAACAUCGGUCUAGGAACAGACAGAAAUAAGUCACAGCUUCCUCUGAAUCCGUUCACAAUCUUGAGGAGUCUGGGAACAGUUUCUUUGACAGCUUUAUACUGAUUAUGUUGGAAAACUGCAUUAAAAUGAGAAUGUUUGUCAGACUGCAUUGACACUAUGCAAAGAUGCCACUAAACUCAGAAAAUAUGGCUUCUAUGACCUGAGACUGUUGAAAACAAAAUUCUGGAAUGAUUUCUACAGGCCCUUAUAGAACCAGUUCCUUCUGUACCUGAAACUUGAAGAACACGAUCCUUACAGAAUGUAUUAACUAAAGUCUACUGCCAAAAACAGUGCAAGGCCAAUAUAAUGUAAGCCAAAAAUAAAUAAAAGUAAAUCUUCUUGCUAUUUUACAAGGGCUUAUAUUAGAUAAACGAACGUUUAUCUUAGUGAACAUUCUAAUAAUUGAAAAUCCCGCAUCUUGAUAUGCUUUUUGUGAGAUCGCAGUACAUUGAAGAUCGGAAUAUCUGCCCUUUCCUCACUGUAGUGUGAUCUGACAGUUGGUAUAUAUGCUUAGCAAGGGGUGUGGGGGGGCACAGCUGCCACAAUAGCAAGUUCGAGGUCCAGGAUUUUCGAUUAUUAGAGUGUUUGCUAAGAUAAACUUUCAUUUAUCUAAUAUGAACCCAUUUUAUAAGGCCUCUAAUGGUCAUUAAUAAUCUGACUGCAUGUAGAAAGAUAUUUUUUUCUGUGGAAUGGGCAUAUUUCUAAUGACGCAUUCAUAAAGGUAUAUUAAUCAAUGUCAAGGAACUUUCUAAGCUCACUAAUCAUUUUCUCUAGCUUCUUGUUUACAUGAUAAACUUUUAACCAUGACUCCUAGGUUUAUUGUGAGACCCUCCGCACUGUAAAAUCUGGGUUCUGACUAAUGUAUAGACUGUAAUCUGUACUGCCAAAUUACUUUCCAUCAGUAAAUUAUAACAAAACACAAAGCUUCUCUAUAAUUCUAAUACUAAAUAUUCUUACAUCAUUGUUUUUCUUUUGAUUUCAUUUUCUUAAGAAUGUUAAAUAAAAUACAGCUACUUAAAUAAAUCUACAUUUUCUUGCUGAUUUUGCAUGCAUUGUCUCUUCAUUUGGCAUAAUAAAACUCUUUUAAUUUAAA